AGGUUCACAAUGGCUGCAAGUAGAAGUCACGAAAUGGAAACUUUACGGUCAGGAAACGCAGCAAACGGAGGGCAGCAGACUGGGGACGACGAGGCCGUUGCUCGUGCUCUGCAGGAGGAGUAUGACCGUGAGAACAGAGAGCUAGCUCAAGCGAGGAUGCAUGCGCCUCUCCCAGACUACCGACGAGCAGGUUACCAAGACCCGUCGUACUCGUCUCACGACCCCCCCACCAUUGUUCAUGUAGCCUGUUCAACCUGCAGGGACAUCAACGCGAUCCCUUUCUCCCCUGCCCCUAUCGACUUUCGCUGCUGCCGCUGCGGCUUUCUCAAUCGCUACCAUCCUCCCCGCGCUCAUCGCGCCUACUACGAUCACGUCUGGCCGGCACCCGUGCUGUGCACUAUCAGCUGAGAGGGUGUGCUGGGGGUAGUUGGGGAUAGGCGAUGUUUGUGCAACAGCUGGAGGUCGAGACGACGGGGAGAACAAGCGGGCGAGGUGAAGUGCCGUGUCAAAGACGAUGCAGUCUCAUAAGGAACCUCGUCAAUGGUGUGUUAGUGUAGUCCAUGGUGUGUAACGUAGUCAAUGGUGUGCGUUUGAACGAGGUAGUUGUUUGCUAUGGAAGAAAGAGCUGAUCUGCCGGCGUGAGGAGAAACAACAACUGCUGCAUGCUAACAUGCAAACAUUAAAAAUCUUCAUUUUGAUU